AACGGGCUAGGGUUAGACAAAGUGGCUAAUAUAGCUCCGAUGGCGAAACUGUUUUCCUCUAUGGAGAGGACGCGAGUUCGAUUCCAGCCGUUCCAAUUUUUGCCAUUUUUCCCCCGCCGUCGAUCGUCCUCUUUCGUCUUCGACUGAAUUUUGGCUAGCCAUGGAUCACGACGACCCUCCGGCCAAUCGCAGGAAGCUGAAGUUCGCCCCAAGUCCGCUUCCCAGAGGAAGCCCCGCCUCGCCGCCCCCAAACCCAAGACAAGCGACGAUGGCAGCAACGAACGAAGCUGCGAAAGCUCAGAAGCUGAUGACCAGAUUCAACGAGAAUCUCAAAAGACAGGCUACGAUAGCUGACACAAAGCUGCUCCAGUUGAAGUGGCAUUUGGUUCUGGAGCCUCACCGUCGCUAUCGAUUAGGAAUUUGGUUUACCCUAAGGCGGAGGCUAGCCAUGUCAGGCAUCAGCAGCGGGUGGGAUUCGGAUCCUGAUGCUAUGCAAAUCGAUGGUAAGGAUGAAGGAGCAGGUCACGGUGCUAUUGAUCUUAAUCGGGCAACGAACCAGAAGAAAUAUAAAGAGCCAUUUGACUAUGAGAGUUACUAUCCUAUUACCCUUCCCCUGAGGCAGCCUUUCUCUGGUGACCCUGGAUGUUCUGAACGAGGAAGAGUUGGGAAGGAUGCAAUGAACGAGGAGUAUGAUGAGAACUUCAUCAAACAUGCUUCAGAACUUGGUUUGUUGGAGAAAUCUGAUGAAGCAAAGAUGCUUCUCUUCAAGUUCCCUCCCAAGAUGCCCUACAUUAACCGGUCAAUUAUCAGCGCAAAAGGAAAGAAAGGGUUGGAAGCAGGGAUACAUGGGCAAAUGGUGGUCUACAAGAGUGGAGCUGUCAAGUUGAAGAUAGGAGACGUUCUGUAUGAUGUUGCCCAAGGGUCAGAUUGCACAUUCCAUCAGCAAGUCAUGGCUGUCACACGGAGGCAAAACAGUGUAGUGAAGUUGGGGAGAUUGAAAAACAUGCUGUCGUGUCUUUCGACGUUGAUUCUAUUUUGGAUUCUGUGAUUAACUUAGAUUAGAUCGAGUUUGUCAGAGUUGUUUGUAAAGUCAGCAAAGUUUUGGGCAGAGUAUUAUUGGUGAUAACAAUGUAAGACAGCCCAACAUUAGACUAGUGUGCCAGAAGAACACUAGCAAGCAGCCAAAACUGCUCAGAACACUUCGUUUUCCUUUGGAUCUUCUGGGAAUAGCAGGCCUGAUGAGCUUCAGACACCACUUUCAGCUCUCAAUAACAAGGUACCGACCAUCCAGAUUAGAGAUUUUUUUCCAGAAAUAACACUGUUUU